AUGGCGGAUCCGACAUUCACGCCGCAACUACAACUACAACCACGACGCUCCUCCUCUCAAACCUCCUCCUCCUCUCACCAAAGCCAAAGGACUAAUGGAAAUAACAAUAAAACUGCAGCCGCCGCCGUUCGCCCAAAACAGACUACGAAACGGCUCUCGGCGGUGUCCAUCGUGUCCUCGAAUGCAGCCACACCCGGGAUCCCCGCUGAUUUGACUUCGUUUCCCUCCCUUUCACCGGAUAGCUCGCCUCGAGAAUUGCGCGGUCAGCCUGAUGUGGACUCGGUAUCGGAACAGCAGCAAGACGAAGAGGAAAGUCGUCGAGAAGUGAAACGAGGUAGACAGGCGGCUCUCGAAAGGCUCACAUCUUCACUAUCACAAGGAUCGGGUCGUCCUGCUUUAUUCGACGACUCAUUCUCGACAUCAGAGGUACCAGGAGCAUUACACCUGGUCGACACUAACCAUAUAGAACAUUUGCUGGAAAAGAACGGUGCGGUGAAAACGGUCAGACAAUUUGCGCGCGAUCUUGCAGUCAGGGAUGCCGAGAUUUCAAAGCUUCGACGGAGGGCUGAUGCUCGAGAACGGGAGCUGAAACGCAUGCUUCGAGAUGUCGGGGUAUCUAGUCAGGAUAUUGAAAGGCGUCUAUAUGACAUGGAGAAUCCCUCGUCGAAGGAUACAUCGCCUGGGGAGUCGGACGGUAUUCAUAAGCUGGUUACGAAGUCUAGUGUUGGAAAUCUUAUGGGCCAGGCCAUGCUAGACCCUGUCGGUGAGUUUGAUUCGGAUGAUACAGAUCUGCAAGCGACUCUCCGACCACAUCGAAACGAUAGCGACGCGAAGUCGGGAUCCUCGAGUAUCGAAUCCGGCACUCAGCGAAAACAGGGGACUGUCCGUAUGCUGCAGGACUAUAUCUUUGGAACCACCAAUGCUAGUCGUAGGACUAGUCGGGGUAGCAGCGUGUUGACAGAUGCCGACGAUAUUGACGAGAUUGCUGGAGCUCCUCGCAUUGCAACGAAUAAUACAGCUUCUGGGCGUCGGAAAGGUUUAGACGAGAGGCUUUUUCAACCUCCUCUGAGCCGUGCAGCUUCUCCGGCAGGAGUAAAGCUUUCAAAAGCUACAGAAACUUCCAGUCUUCAUUCACGCAAAUCGUCAAAAUCUGUUACAUCUUGGACUGUCAAGCUAUUCGCAGGCGGCUCUCAGAACAAAGAUACACCAGGCGGCUCCAGUGGAGAUCGUAGCCGAGCAUCUUCGUUAGGAGAAGAAAAGCUCAAAAAUACUGCAAAAACAUCAAACCUCACUGGGAAGAAUGGACUUUCCGCCGUGGCUGCUUUGAAGCGUAUCAACAGUUAUAGCGGAGUCAAUGGUCUUCCCAACACUUCUACAACUUCUGGCCCUAGUAGGCUAGGUCUUCAACGGCGUACCACCGGAUCGAAUACGCCUCAACCACCCAACGCAGACCGCAGCAACGGCACGGCAGCAACUAAUCUCGGCCCUGUUGAGAUGGAUGCUAUUCUUCCCAUGGAGUCUCGACCACCAGCUUUGAGUGAACUCAACUUCAACUACCAAUCAGGCGGCUUGUUGACGGAUCGCUAUGGCUUCAUAUAUGACCAACGGCGGAAGAAGCGACAAAAGGAAGCUGCGUUGUUGAGAAAAACUGCCAAUAGAAACAGUCUGACCGAAACCAUCAACAGCCACCGCAGCGGGGACCUAGAGGAAAGUUAUGAUGAGGACGAUCACCAGACAGGCCUCGGAUUGACGAUUCCAGAUCAGUCAGACACACCAGUCUCGGCCGAAGAAGCUGAUAACGAGGGUUUAACGGCGAAGCGCUGGCAGGACUAUCUUCGUAUCGCAACACGGCCAACAGAGUUAUUAUCUCAUACUCCUUCAGCCGCACCGAUUAUUGGUGUCUCUACUCCCGAUGAACCUCCUAAAAGAGUGGCAUCUACAGUUGCUCUAGAUAAAGCUGGAGCACCGUCAGUUAGUCCGAGUUCACAGCCUACAGCCUCGACUUCGGCAAUUGUAGCAGACACGCCUGAAUUUGCCAAUAUACCAGCUCGCUCACAGAUGACGACCGCAAUCAGUAUAUCCAACGAACAAGAGCCGGUCAAACUUCUGCUCGAGCAAUUGACAGAGCUGCACGACGUUCUCCAACGCGAAAGAACGACCAGGUGGAAUGAGUUUCUUCGUAAAGUCCGUGCUGAACGCCGCCGAGAAGGUGAAGCAGCUGCAGCGCAGGACCCUGAACGUGCGAACAUGGCACUUAACAUGCCCGAAGCUACUAUGGCUGAUGGCGAAGUUGUUGGCAUUGCCGGUCUAGGCAAUAAAGGCAAGGUUGGGCGGAAUAAGUGGCGAGAAUUCCGGUCAUUAGUGCUCUCUGGAAUUCCUGUCGCCCACCGCCCAAAGAUCUGGGCAGAAUGCAGUGGUGCUUCGGCGAUGCGUAUCCCUGGCUACUAUGACGAUCUCGUGAAUAUGGUUAACGUCGUUGACGUUGAUCCUACUAUCGUCGCUCAGAUCGACAUGGAUAUUUAUCGCACGCUUACUGACAAUGUGUUCUUCCGCAAUGGACCUGGUGUGGCGAAGCUACGAGAUGUCCUUCUAGCUUACUCACGGCGCAACCCUGAGGUUGGAUACUGUCAAGGAAUGAAUCUCAUUGCAGGCUCGCUUCUGCUUACUACACCAACGGCCGAGGAUGCAUUCUGGAUCAUGACCUCGAUGAUUGAGAAUAUCCUACCUCAGCAUUAUUACGACCACGGCCUUUUAGCCUCUAGAGCAGACCAACAAGUUCUACGUCAGUAUAUCACCGAAGUGCUUCCUCGACUUUCAGCCCAUCUGGACGAACUUGGUAUCGAGCUAGAGGCCUUGACGUUUCAAUGGUUCUUGUCUGUGUUCACAGACUGUCUAUCUGCCGAAGCUCUUUAUCGUGUAUGGGAUGUUGUAUUGUGUCUGAAUGUCACAAGCACGACUCGCGAAAGAGCGGGAUCAACGGCUGUUGUCAAUGGCCCGAAGAAAGACCCAGAAGAAGAUGCCGCAGCUGCAAGUGGUGGCGGCAGCACAUUCUUGUUUCAAGUCGCCUUGGCUUUGCUGAAGCUCAACGAGCAGCAACUCUUGACAACCUGCCAGACACCUGCUGCAGUAUAUACAUAUGUCAACCAUCAAAUGACCAACCAUGCAAUCAGCAUUGAUGGCUUGAUCCAAGCGAGCGAGGCUCUAAGGAACGUGGUUCGCAGAGAAGACGUCGUUGCGAGACGAGCUGCCGCCUUGCGAUCGAUGAAGAACGAUGGCCACUCCUACCAAAGCUCCACCCAUUCAGAUGAUUAA